UAGCCAUUAUAACAAACCUUGCAGAAAAGCGGUCGAGGAGAUUUCUGUCACCGAACUUUCUGCUAGCGAAAUUCCGGAACCCGUUCCACAGGAUUCGAUACUGGAUACAUUUACAACACAGCAGAAUCCACUGCCCCUUCUUAAAAGCAUGGACCCACCGGACCCGCCGGUGGACAGACUUGCCCUGUUACGGUCUCUCCGCGAGCCGGUUGCCGCCAAAGUGAAAUACAAAACAGCCCUAUACGAAAGAGCGAAGCGUCGAUUGGAGGAUUGUCUGACAGUAGGUAAUAAGGUGAGCUGA